GACAAAUGCCACAUUAAAUGAGUACCUCCACUUGUAUACCCAUCGCAUGUUUUCUAGAACAAGUUCAAUCAAGUUCAAAUUUUAUAAUAAUUAAGAAACGUUUUACAACUAUUACUAACUCUAGUACAUUCCAUCCUGUCGCUAUUAAAGCAUACACUUUAUAAAUUUUGAAUUUUUUAGGUAACUUAAUCUAUUAUUAAGCACGGUAACAGAUACGGCAGAGCGUUAAACAACAAUUGCAAUUAACCAAUUGUAAAACAAUAAAACUUAUUUAACUAUGAUCGAUCCAAGUUCAAGUGAAGAAGAAGGCGAUGAUGAUCCAGUUGCUGCUGUACCCCAAAAAGUGCGAUCAGUUGUGGUGGCAUCUUCCACAUCCGCAUCCAGACCGAACGUUAAUCUUGCAGCUGCUACUGCCGAUACAAGCCUUUCCAACUCUAAGCAUAAUGGCGAACAUUAUCAGCUUGCUUCAAAUAGAUCACAUGGAGGAGCAUCUGGUGGUUCUUCGAAUGUUUUUGAUAAUUCUAGUGCAGCGGGAUUUGGGAACGAAAAGUUAGAGCACGGAGCCCAUUUGAUGACUGGUAGUGAUAUAUCUGGAAAUUUAGAAGUACCAAGCAGUGCUAUACCUAGCGGUAUAUCACAAGAGACAUCUAACCAAAGUGUUGGCUCAUCACGCGCAAAUUCUCUACCUCAACCGAUAUCGCCUUCACCAUCGGUUGUGAGCGAUAAAAAUAAUGAAGAUGUACACGAAAAACAUGAACGAGAAGAAGCGGAUCGUAAACGGCGCAUACAGCUUUAUGUGUUUGUUUCACGUUGUAUAGCGUAUCCAUUUAACGCGAAGCAGCCGACGGACAUGACAAAGCGGCAGCCUAAAAUUGCCAAGCAACAACUAGACAUGAUAACUCAGCGAUUCCAAGCUUUUCUUAAAGGCGAAACACAAAUUAUGGCAGAUGAAGCUUUUCAAAACGCUGUACAAAGCUAUCAUGAUGUGUUUUUGAAAUCCGAUAGGGUUCAAAAAAUGGUACAUUCUGGGGCGUGCUCACAACAUGAUUUUCGUGAAGUUUUUCGCAAUAAUAUCGAGAAGCGAGUGAG